AUGGAACAAUUGGAUUCUACUCACGCUCUCGACGCAGCAGCUCACCCUCCAGAUCGAUCCUCAUCGUUCCGUCCCGCUCACUGCUCGAGGGAGGGACAAGUGACACCACCCCCGUCGCCUCAGCCACCGACUGGGGACGGAUCCAGAACGCAGCUGUCAAGGCUGCUUCAUCGAUGCAGGUCUGCGAAAUCAAAGCAAAGCAGAUUACUGCAAGCCAGGUUUCCAACCGCCACGUCGCAAGAGACAUCCUUUCCAUUACUUCUGCCCGAAUUUCCGCCCAUUUGCGAGAACAAUUCUCCUACCACGACACUGCCUUCUCCCGGCCUACGCAGGAUGUCGGCGAGCUAUAACGACCUGCGUGCCCUGGCUCGCAAUGAAGCUGCUUCGAGCCCGAUCAGCUCAUUACUCCCAAGCCCUAUUACGGGAGCGCUGCAGAAAGAAGGUGGCUCGUGUUUCAGAUUCCACAACCCGCGAGAGCGUUUACCAACACCGAUCCCCAACGAAGAUUCUUUGGAUAGCCUGCACAUUUUGUCCUAUUAUUGCGACGAUCAGGACUGCGACGAUCAAGACCAAGGAAGCCACUCCUCCGAACACGGGAUACUUGAAAACGAUAAUCUAAGCACAGCGUCGGAAUCCAUGCCGGUAACACCGCGUGACAACGAGGAUCGAGGCAUUCUUUGUUCGGACGAAUCUGGAUGGCUGGCCAACACGACGUCGCAUGAAGAGAGGAUGCGGCGAUUCAAGGCUCGCUACUAUCAAGUCAUUCAGGGGCCUUGCGCCCUUGAUCGCACAGAAGGCAGCGAGGAUGGAGUGAAGAUCGCCACGGUCCUCGUUGGGCCAGGAAAGCCGAGACUAGUUCAUAUUCAACGUCCGCCUUCGAGUCAAUCGAGGACUGAAUCACCUGGAGAAGGGAUGUGUGCUCCAUCGACACCAAAGCAGGGGGCAAUCGAGGUCUCCGCCUUCAGCCCGUAUGACACCCCCUGCGAUAUGCCUCAAAUCGAGUCCCACGUUUCAGACAGCAUCUGCCCUCGUAUCUCGGAAGCCUCUCCUCCUCUGACCGGGUUCGUCCCACAGCUUACGACCUUUGCAAAGCGAAGCAAGACCAGCAUAUCAGAUACCCGCGAACCCCACGGCGCUGACAAUUGUAUCCGUAAAUUGACAGAUCCAUUCAUGACGUCGCCUCGGAGGACUCGAAGCGAUCGAUCGUUCCGCACGGUAGAGAAGAGGUGGGCGGUUUUGGACACACUAGAAGUGGACUUGCACUCAAUUUCAGAGCUGUCACCUUCAGCCAAGAGCGCGAAAUGGUCACGAUGCCGAAAGUUAGAAAGGGCGCUCAGUGCGGUGACUGUGGCCAUUGACGAAUUCCCCGAUGGCAUGCUCUGUCUCGACUCGCCUGCUGUCGUGGAGCUGCGGAAUCCACAAAUCUCGAAUGCAACCUACAUCGAGGCCCUUUGCCGAAUAUUUCCUUCUGCGUCACCACCGCUCAUUUCUGCCAUCACGGCCUGGGUGAUCGUCGAUCUCCACUUCUCUCGACUGAAAGACCAGAUCGUUCCCAUCGAGCGGUACUGGGCGCAGGCUGCGGCCUCGAACGAAAGUUUGCAUCGCAUUCCCGAGAAGGCGAGAGAAAUGUUGGGAAUUGGCCUCCCGGAUGAAACGUCCAUUAGGCUCAACGAGUAUGCGCUUCGAAAGAGAGCGAUGGCUAUGCAGGCAGGUAUCGGCGUUAUUGGGCAAAGGUUGAUCGAAGGUUUAAGAGGAUCGUGGGAUGAAGACAUAUGGCGAUCCCUGAAAGUCUUGGUGGAGGUAAUUGAGGCGAGUUCGCCGCGUUGGCCAUGA